GUUCAAAGCUUGAACGCUGCGCACCGCCAAUGGCAACCACAAGUGCUCGUUUGCUUCAGCUCGCCAUUCCACUCGUGAAAACACAUGGGUUCACCCGAGAAGCCUUAUCCCGCUCUGUCCUUUCUCUUCCAACACCUCAUGCCCAACCGCUUCCUGAUGCUGCUAUAACGUCACUUUUUGGACAAGGCGACAAUGCGCGCAAGUCAUUGAUUGAUACCUGGUUGGAAGACGCGAGAGAGCAAAUGAAGGCCACCCAAUCAACCGUGGUGAAAGACGUGUUAUGGGCACGGCUGCAACACAAUGAGCCGGUCCUAAAUUACCUGCCAGACGCUUUUGCUGUCCUUGCAUCAUCAUCGACCUUUCUUCCACUGGAUCCCGAACCUGCCAUUACGCAUGCUGCUAAAGUCGCAAAUGAGGCAUGCUGGAUUGCUUAUCCAACAGAGAAGUCAUGGCAUACUCGUAGAGCAUCAAUAGCUGCCAUCUAUCUAGCCUCAGAACUACACCAACUCACGUCACCUUCAACGACGUAUCAAUUUCUGAGCUCGCUCAUCGAGACUUCCUCAGCAGCCGAGACGUCACUGACUGAAGCACAGAUAUUUGGGUCGUAUGUUUUCAAAAGCUGGGCUGGGAUUGUCAAGAGCACAGGGGUUUUCUUGUGAUGUACAGACUGCCAUAGCACCGUUCAUUCCAUAUCCACAUCCACUCAGCACACAUAUGUUUCUCUCAGAUAAGGGACGCCAAGUGGCUCAAUACCUUGGAUAUGACCUAUUUGCGUAAAUUCAAUGAUUCCACUUGCUAAUGUGCUACAAUC